AUGAGGACGUCUCUGAUCCUGCUUACUUGUUUGGGAUUUGUGCAAUGUCUGAUAAGGGUGCCUUUGAGUCGCGCGCCCUCGGUGCGGAGUAAACUGCGCGCCGCCGAGCAGCUGCAGGACUUCAUGCGCGAGCACGAGCCCGAUGCGUUCUUGCGCCACUAUGCGCAGUGUUUUCCGCCUGCACGCGACUAUCUGCAGCUGCGUGGCAAAACCGCAGAGAGACUUUACAACUUCAUGGACGCUCAGUUCUUCGGCGAGAUCAGUCUGGGGAGUCCACGGCAGAAUUUCACGGUGAUUUUUGACACGGGCUCGUCUGACCUUUGGGUUCCUUCAUCAUACUGUGUCAGCCAGGCGUGUGCGAUGCACCACAAGUUCAAGGCCUUUGAAUCGAGCACAUACGUACAUGACGGACGAGUGUUUGGCAUUCAUUAUGGCUCCGGACAUCUGCUGGGAGUCAUGGCCAGAGAACAACUCAAGGUGGGGUCUGUGACGGUUCAGAAUCAGGUGUUUGGAGAGGGCGUCUAUGAGCCGGGUUUUGCUUUCGUCAUGGCUCAGUUUGAUGGGGUGUUGGGUUUGGGUUACCCUCAGCUGGCCGAGGAACUGGGUUUGCCGGUGUUCGACAGUAUGAUCUCACAGAAGAGCUUAGACGAGCCCGUGUUCUCCUUCUAUCUCAAGAGCAAUGGGUCGGGUUUUGGUGGAGAGGUGUUGUUCGGUGGUGUGGAUGAAACGCUGUUUGUUCCUCCAGUGAACUGGGUUCCAGUCAGUCAGAAGGGCUACUGGCAGUUCAGAAUAGACGGCGUGAAGGUCCAGGGAGCUGUAGGCUUCUGCCAUCAUACUCCUCACGGAUGUCAAGCGAUAGCAGACACGGGAACAUCUUUGAUCGCCGGUCCCAGCAAAGACAUCCUCAUACUUCAGCAGUUCAUCGGAGCCACGCCCACUGCCAUCGGAGAGUACCUGCUGGACUGUACCCAGAUCAGCAGUCUGCCUGUGGUGUCUUUCCUGAUCAAUCAGGUGGAGUAUUCUCUGACUGGAGAUCAGUACGUCAGGAGAGAGAUCCUGAACAAUAAGGAGAUUUGCUUCAGUGGCUUUCAGGCCAUCGACAUGCCCAUGUCUCCAUACGGACCCUUGUGGAUUCUGGGAGAUGUGUUUCUCUCUCAGUUUUACAGCAUCUACGACAGAGGUCAUAAUCGUGUGGGUUUCGCUCAUCUCUCUCUCUAA